AUGACGACGAUCGUGAGCACCUCCGAGCCAACGGAGGUGUCCCCGGUGGACGUGACUACGUUGUUGAACGCGAUCUCGACGACCACCGAGGACGGUCAGUUCGUGAACAGCACCUACACGAACGAUCAGAAGUGGUCCGUUCCGGCGACGAUCGCGAAAGGCUGUCUGCUCGGCUCGAUCAUCGUGACCGCGGUGUUUGGUAAUCUUCUGGUGAUGGUGUCGGUGAUGCGUCACCGGAAGCUACGUAUCAUCACGAACUACUUCGUGGUCUCGUUGGCCCUGGCCGAUAUGCUGGUCGCGAUGUUCGCGAUGACGUUCAACGCGAGCGUACAAAUGACCGGCAGAUGGCUGUUCGGUUAUUUCAUGUGCGACGUAUGGAACUCGUUGGACGUGUACUUCAGCACUAGCUCGAUACUCCAUUUGAUGUGUAUCUCGGUGGAUCGUUACUGGGCGAUCGUGAAACCGUUGAAGUAUCCGAUCAUCAUGACAAAAAGGGUGGCCGCCUAUAUGCUGCUCGCCUGCUGGAUCAUGCCCGGAUUCAUCUCGUUCAUGCCGAUCUUCAUGGGCUGGUACACCACUGUCGAGAAUAGCAUGCAUAGACGGAAGCAUCCCGAUCUCUGCGAGUUCAAGGUGAACAAGGUCUACGCGAUAUUCUCGUCGAGCAUCUCCUUCUGGAUACCGUGCACGAUCAUGACCCUCACGUACUUCGCGAUAUUCAAGGAGGCGAACAGGCAGGAGAAGCAGAUGCACAGCCGUAUGGGGAACGUGAUGCUGCUCAGCCACAGGCCCAGCAAGGAUCUGAACAAUCUGAAUGGUGAGCUGAACAGCGCUGGCUCGUCGAAGACGUUGACGUUGAACGAGAUCAGCACCGAUCAUCAGCACACGCCGACGAAGGACAAGAACAUCAUGAAGAUGAAACGGGAGCACAAAGCUGCGAGGACGUUAGGCAUCAUCAUGGGGACCUUCAUAGUGUGCUGGUUGCCAUUCUUUUUGUGGUACGUCGUCACGACCCUCUGCGGCGAGCCCUGUCCGUGUCCCGACGUCGUGAUCGCGCUCCUAUUCUGGAUCGGAUACACGAACUCGGCGCUGAAUCCGUUGAUUUACGCGUACUUCAAUCGGGACUUCCGAGAAGCCUUCAAGAAUACGCUGCAGUGCGCUUUCUGUUCGCUCUGCAGACGAGAGCCGUCCGACCUCGAGGCGCUUGAUUUCCGUCGGCCGUCCCUAAGGUACGACGACCGCACUAAGAGUAUAUACUCCGAGACGUACGUCAAGCACAUCGACCGACGAAGAUCGAGCGAGUUCGGUAGCAGUCUCUGAGAUGAGAUCGGGGGAGCAACUUUAUACGUUAAACUGCAUUCGCAAUAAGACACACGCGUAAUACGCCCACACCUAUACAUCCGUACCGUCAUCCACAUACAUCACGAACACAUCCACAACAUACACGUAACAGACGAUAAACAAGUACCCGAUUGAAAUACGCGUAGACACGCGACCAAAGAUUCUCCGUUACGUUGCCAAAAAAAAAGAAAGAAGUAAAAAAGAAUAAAGUAAAAAAGAAGACAGAAGGAACAACACACGAAAAUCUCACCCAAAUACUCGUAUUUCCGACAUUAUUUCGAACGGUCCCCGAUUAUUUCCGGUUUCGGCCAACGGAAUCGUCGGCUCGAACGACAAGAGCCAUUCGAACGUGUUCCGUAAAGCCUCUUUCACGCUUGAACGUUUCGACC